AUGAAGAAUGUUACCAUGAUUUCCUCUCUCACUCUUGUGGGUCUAUCAGACCAUCCACCGACCAUGCGUGGACUUUUUCUGCUUUUCCUUUGGAUCUAUCUGAUGACUGUCAUCAUAAACCUCUUUAUAUUUUUCUUGGUUCUCAUCGACCAUCAUCUGCACAACCCAAUGUAUUUUUUCCUCAGCAAUUUGUCCGUCCUGGACAUGUCUUAUUCAUCGGUGACAGCACCAAGGAUGCUCUUUGACCUGGUCGCCAAAAGCCGAUCUAUAACCAUUCCUGCGUGUAGAGCCCAAGUUUUCUUCUUCCUCUACUUUGCUUGCUCAGAGCUACUCUUGCUCUCGGCUAUGUCCUACGACCGAUACGUUGCCAUCUGCCAACCUUUACAUUACAUGCAGAUCAUGUCCUGGAGUUUGUGCAGCCAUUUGGCUUGUUUCAUUUGGGUCUUCUCAUUUAUUUAUGCCUUGGUUCAUACUCUAUGUCUGCUCAGGUUGUCCUUCUGUGGCCCAAUUUCCAUCCACAACUUCUUCUGUGACCUUCCGCACUUGUUCCAGAUUUCAUGUUCAGACCCCACCAUAAACAUUGUGCUUGUGUUCGCAUUGGGUGGCAUUGUCACAUUAGGAGCCUUUCUUUGCACAUUUCUUCCAUAUGUACGUAUCUUCAAUACCAUUCUCCGAAUUCGCAGCAAAACUGGUAAACUCAAAGCUUUCUCCACCUGCACCUCACACCUCACGGUGGUCUUCAUCUUCUAUGGCUCCUUAAUAUUUAUUUACUUUGUUCCCACCUCCAGCAAUAUGUUUAGUAUGAACAAACUGUUCUCAGUCAUAUAUGCCCUCAUUAACCCCUUGCUUAAUCCAUUGAUAUACAGCCUGAGGAGCAGAGAUCUUAAGGCGGCACUCAAAAGAUCCUUUCGUGAUAUAAGAACAUCUGCCACAAGUUUUAUUUAUCUUUGGGAAAAGUGGUGA